CGUCUGAGUGUUAUUUAUACUCUGUGAGAGCAAAAACCGCCAGAAGCAUCUCUUGCCUGCAGACACUGACAGGAACUGAACUUCGGUUGAUGGCACACCACAGUUCACCUACUGAGGUUGAAGUAGCAUGUUUCUACACUGCAGAGCGUGAAGGAGGACAGUAUCAGUCUGUGCACAGUAACACAUCCUCCAUCAGAAUACAGAAAAUGGAGUCCACUACGACCCAGAUGACGCCAACUUCAAUGACGACCACAGGUCUGGCUGCCAGUGUGUCAGCUGACCCUGUUGGUUCACUUUCUACUUCUGUAACAUCAGUGAAACCAGCCACAGAAACAGUGUCUAAAGUGACUACUGAAGCUACUACAGACACUUUGACUUCGACUUUGCUUCCUGUGACACAAACGAACUCCUCUCCAGAAACUGUUUCUAAAGUGACUAAAACAGCUAAUACAGACACUUUGACUUCGAUUAUGCUUCCUGUGACACAAACGAACUCAUCUCCAGAACUGCAGAAGUGGAUGUUCAUAGCUUUGCCUGGUUUUGGUGUGACUGUGGGAAUCAUCGUACUGGGAGUGACAGUAGUCUGUUACAAAACAAGAAGUGAAAAAAAAUUUCGCAAGAGAUCACAAGUCAACAUGUCUGACGACUUUAUGAGCAUGACUAAUAUUGACUGUGGAGAACAGUUACCUGCAGGUACUGAAGCUUACAGCAUGAUCAACUUUGUCCCUGCUGCUGAACGACGUACUGAGCUACCGACAAGACAAGCUUCUCGAAAUGAGAACUCUGAUGUAUACCACGUGUACGCCACCAUCCCCGACGAUCCACCUGCAACGACCCUGAUGAACACGACUUACAGCACAAUCCAGGCCCAUUGAGACACAAAAGUCGAUCGACCUUAACAACUAUCACAAGCUUAAACCAUAAGGCUGAAACUGUUUUAUUAAAACAUAAAGUAUUUAGUGAGAAUAUCACCUGGAUGAUAUUUCUAUCUCAACGUGACAAUGAAACGCUGAUGUGAAAAUACCUGCAAGUUGUUUAGUUCCAAUGAAAUAUGAUUCAUUUUAAUUCAAUUUUAUUUUUAUAGCGCAUAU